AUGAAGUGGUCAACUGUCCUCCCUCUGGCAAUCUCCACCCUCUCUGUCCUCCCCUCCGCAAGUGCAUGGGAAGUAACAUGGACCGACGCGGACAACCAAAAGCACAGCCAAUCCGGCACCGGCCCCAGCGACUGCAUCGUGAUCGAUAACCCCAAGGGCAAUGUAUUCAAGAUCGACUCCCAGGGUGAAAAGGGCAUCAACAUGCUCCUCUUCUCGAACAACAAGUGCGAUGGCAAGCCAAGUGGGCAGGCCACCGAGAUCUUCUCCAAGGCGUCUUCCCAGGAUCUGCUCGGCUUCCAGGUCGUCGCUCUUUCCACCGAGCCGACGGCAACCGCCACGACUGGGAAAUCUGUCAGCCGAGUUGCGACGACGUUCCCGGCUAGUGAGACGGCGUCAACAGGCGCCAGCGAUGACGGCUCGAUGACGAUUCAACCCACGGAUAAAAUGACGAUUCAGCCAGCGGGUGAGAUGACGAUCCAGCCGACGGAUGAGAUGAGCACGACUGCGGCUGCGACUGCGACUGCGACUGCCACCACAACUUCGAAUCCAGAAAGCUCCAGCACAGCGUCGUCGACGACUUCGAGUGCUGCGAGCGGAACUACCUCCAAUGCUGCUGGCCAGCUGGUCGCUUUGAACGGGGAUACGGUCAAGGGGAUCAUUGGUACUGUCUUCGGAUUGGGGCUGGUACAAUGGAUUAUCUGA